CCUCUCCAUUCAAUUUUUGCACUUCGCUACGCGCGGUACUAGCUUGUAUUAAAUUACUUUAAUUAAAUUCGUUAAGGAAACCAUACAUAAUGUGCGGCAUCUUUUCCAUAUUUUCACGGGAUGGAGAACCGAUUCCCCCGCAAAUCCUGCAUGGAAGCAAACACAGCUUGAGGGAGCUGGCCUACCGGCAAAGUGGAAAGCAGCGGCAUCGAGGGCCGGACUCCACGGGCGUCUAUGUAAUCGCCUCGGAAGGAGUGGCCAUGGUGCACGAACGCCUGCGGAUCGUGGGUGUGGCGGAAGGCGAUCAGCCCUUUGUCUCCGAGGAUGGGAACCUCAUCCUGGUGGCCAACGGAGAGAUCUACAACUACCUGGAACUAUCGGCGGAGAUUGCCAAGAGACGUGGAUCCUACAACCCCAAAAGCGAUUGCCACGUGAUUCUGGAACUCUACAAGGAUUACGGAGUGGACCUUCUGGAUCAUAUGAGCGGGAUGUUUGCGUUUGCCUUGUAUGAUCGAAGGACUAAGGAGGUCCUGCUUGCCCGUGAUCCUGUUGGUAUUAUACCCAUGUAUGUGGGAGAGGAUGAGGCUGGAAACCUGUGGGUUGCCUCGGAGAUGAAAUGCCUGGUGGACACCUGCCCAAAGGUGGAAACUUUUACGCCAGGGGAGGCUCGUUUUGGAAAGGUAGGCCGGCUGCAAACCUGCUGGCAAUUCCAGCAGCCCUGGCUCAAGGAGGUUCCUAGCCAAGCCUGCGAGUUGUCAUUACUUCGUUCCAACUUGGAGUCGGCGGUUCGUAGCCAUCUGCAUUGUGACGCCCACUUUGGAGCCCUACUGUCUGGAGGAGUGGAUUCCAGUCUCAUAGCUUCUAUAGCUACGAAGAUUAUGAGGGAGCGGGAUCCCAACUACCGAUUGAAGACAUUUUCGGUCGGUCUACAGGAUGCACCCGAUUUCGAGGCUGCCAGGCAUGUGGCCAAGUUUAUAGACAGCGAUCACAAGGAAAUAAUCUUCGAAAUCGAUGACGCCCUUGAUGGAAUCAGGGAUAUUGUCUACCACCUGGAAACGUACGAUGUCACCACUGUGAGAUGCAGCUUGCCCAUGUUGCUGCUGGCCAGAUACAUCAAGAGCACUGGCAUCAAGAUGAUCCUGUCCGGCGAAGGAGCGGAUGAACUAUUCGGCGGUUAUCUGUACUUCCACAAGGCUCCAAACUACGAGGACUUCCACGAGGAGUUGGUGAAGAGAGUGCGCCAGCUGCACUUAUCCGAUUGCCUGAGGGCCAACAAAGUGGCUAUGGCCAAGGGAGUGGAGCUGCGAGUGCCCUUCCUGGACACGGGAUUUGUAAACCAUGUGAUGCAGAUCCGACCGGAGGACAAGAUUCCAGGACCGCUCAACAAAUUCGGAGGGGAGCAGCAUAAGCGGCUGGAGAAGUACGUCCUGCGAGCUGCCUUUGCGGACAACUAUCUGCCGGACGAUGUUCUGUGGCGGCAGAAGGAACAGUUUUCCGAUGGAGUGGGCUAUGACUGGAUCGACAGCAUCCGGCGAGUGGCCACGAGCCAUGUGACGGAUGAGGAGUUCGCUGGCGCAGCCCUCCGAUUCCCCUUUAACACGCCCAGCACCAAGGAGGCGUACUAUUACCGCAGCAUAUUCGCCGAGCUAUUUCCUGGGGAGUCCGCUGCCCGAACCGUUGUGAGGUGGGUGCCCCGUCUGGAUUGGGGCUGUCCGGAGGACCCAUCUGGAAGGGCUCAAGCCGUCCACCAGGUUAACAAAGACUGAGAACUUAACUUAAUUAAUUAAAUUAGUCAUGUACAAAAGAAUACAUAUUUCUAACAAAUAGUCGACUCGAGAGGCGUUCAAUUAGCUUAAAUAUGCACUUAUUUAGCCAUCUGAUACGGCGCCAGGUCUACAGUUACAACGUUUUUCGCCAUAUGGGCUCAAUUGAAGGCACGUGCAGUCUACUUGGCAUCAGUAUACAUUUGUUUGAAUAUGAAUAUGUAUGAAAAAAUAACAACUGUCAAUUACAAUUAAUAUGCAAAGUAAUAUGUACAUAUUACUCUUUGAUAAUAAAAACGUCAAUCAAGACUA